AUGAUUAAGCUCUUCCUCCUGGUGGUGGUGAUAGGAGCCGUUAGCCUUUUCUCUGGAACGGCAGAGGCGGCUGUGAUGGGACCGUCGAUGCAGAAGCUGACGUGGCACUACUACAAAGUUUAUAACACUUGCGAGAAUGCUGAGAACUUUAUCAGGCACCAGGUUGGGAAGUUUUACAAGAAUGAUGCAACCAUUGCUCCUAAGCUCCUUCGUCUCCUCUAUUCAGAUUGCUUUGUCACCGGAUGCGACGCAUCAGUUCUCAUAGAAGGUCCAAACUCAGAGAGAAUGGCGCCUCAGAACAGAGGACUUGGAGCGUUCGUGAUCAUAGACAAAAUCAAGACAGUGUUGGAACAAAGAUGUCCUGGUGUUGUCUCUUGCGCUGACAUUCUUAACCUCGCAACUCGAGAUGCUGUUCAUUUGGCAGGUGCACCAUCUUAUCCUGUGUUCACAGGCAGGAGAGAUGGCUUGACGUCUGAUAAGCAAACCGUCGACCUACCAUCACCCUCCAUCUCAUGGGAUGCAUCCAUGGCUUACUUCAAGUCCAGAGGGUUGGAUGUUCUUGACAUGGCUACCCUUCUAGGCUCACAUUCAAUGGGGAGAACACAUUGCAGCCACAUCGUUGACCGUCUCUACAACUUCAACAAGACAGGUAAACCAAGCCCCACUAUGAACAAGUCUUUUCUCUCUGAGAUGGCAAAGAAAUGUCCACCGAGAACGCAGAAAGGCCAGACCGAUCCACUAGUGUACCUAAACCCGGACUCAGGCUCAAACCAUAGCUUCACAAGCUCAUUCUACACCAGGGUUCUAUCAAACAAAUCUGUUCUUGAAGUAGAUCAACAGCUGCUUUACAAUGAUGACACCAAGCAAAUCUCUGAGGAGUUCUCAGCGAGUUUUGAGGAUUUUAGGAAAUCAUUUGCUCUUUCAAUGAGCAAGAUGGGAUCUAUAAAUGUGUUGACUAAAAGCGAAGGUGAGAUACGAAGAGAUUGCAGGCGUAGAAACUAA